UCGUCUGUCAUUUCUCCGUUAAUAGAAAGUCAUUCUGGCUGUUUUAUGCGGUGCAGGAGAUCUGUUCCAGCUGGCCUGGAGAGAAAAGGGGGGAAAAAACACAUUCACAUACACACACUGCGUUUUGCAUUUUUUGUCGGCCGAAACGCCCAGGAAGGAAGGGGAGAGGAUAGGCUCCGCCGAGGGAGACGGAAAUGAGAGGGGGGUGUCCAAAGAGGAAACCCUAUCCCUUUAAGAGCAAGUGGGACAUAGCGGUGCGAGAAAAGGAGAGGAGGGGGAGAAGAAAGAGGAAUUAAAAAAGAAAAGGAAGAAAGAGACAGGGAGGGAGGAGGGAGAGCGGGCGAUAAAAAAAGAAAGAUGACAUCCUCGCAGCUGAGCGGCCGAGGUGGAGCGAUAGGCUGCGGCCCGGCGAGAGCGCCGCUCGCCGGGGUCAGGGCUUGAAUCCAACAACGAGGCUUCGACAAACACCCGAUUGGCCUAUUGGGGGAAAUCGGAAAAAUAGAUUCACAAAUUAAAAACAAAGCAUGACCUGCUGGGCUAUCAGAUACGCGUAUUAUAACCCAUAUUUGUUCUGGUGCGUAAAAACGCAUUUAUUUCACGUAGAAUGGUGAAUGUUUAUUGCUAAAGUGUAAUACUGUAAUAUGCGUUUUUUUGAGGUUUUUAAAAAAAAAAGCAGUUUGUUGUGUGAUGUUGGGUUUUAGUUAGAUGAGUGUUUAAGUAAUUAAACUUAGAAACCAAAGUCAAAGAGAAACAGGCCAUUAUUGGAGCUGGCCUGCUCCACUCCUGCCUGUGUGCCGCAGCCUGCGUUAGUCAACAGCUGCGUGCAUUUUAAUUGACAGCAUUAUGCUACCUCAAUGAGAAGAAAAAAAGCGUUUUUGCAGCCGACUUUGUUCGCGUUUUUUUCAAGAAUAUCCAGACGCCCGUCGUUUCUGCUGCAGGACAGGCGACUGUGUGCGCCUCGAUCAUCGGUGUUCCGAUCCAAACCAUGCAAAGGUUGCUCUCCUCGAUCUCAAUCAGCAGCUGACUUUAUAAUCUCCAUCGUUGUGGUGCAAAAUGGAUGCUGCUUGGAGCAAUUUUCUCUUCCAGGUAGGCUUGAAUACUCCCACCCAAAACCAAGUGGAGGGGAGCCUCCAAUCAGAGCUCAUGCCAGUGCAUACGAGUUCUCCCCAAACCCCACCCACAGAGCACAUAGCACAGCCUCCUUCAACUGUGGACACUGCUGCUCUCAGUGAGGAACCCCUGCCUGUGAAGCCAGUGUCUCGGCCGGCCCGCGUGCCCCACAUCUGUGCCAUCUGCAACAAGCAGUUCAAGAACAACUACAACCUGCGGCGGCACCAGUCGGUCCACACUGGGCGGCCCGCGAACCCCAACCCAAACCCGGUGAGGAAGAACCACGCCUGCGAGACGUGCGGGAAGGCCUUCCGCGAUGUCUACCAUCUCAACCGCCACCGCCUAUCCCACUCAGACGAGAAGCCGUUCUCCUGUCCCAUCUGCCAGCAGCGCUUCAAGAGGAAGGACCGCAUGAGCCACCACGUGCGAUCCCACCAGGGCGGUGUGGAGAAACCCUACGUCUGCCCCCACUGUGGCAAGGCUUUCUCAAGACCUGACCAUCUCAACAGUCACGUCAGACAGGUGCACUCCUCGGAGCGACCCUUUAAAUGCCCGACCUGUGAGUCCAGCUUUGCUACGAAGGAUCGUUUGCGUGCGCACAUGAUUCGCCAUGAGGAAAAGGUCCCGUGUCACAUCUGUGGCAAGCUCCUGUCAGCUGCUUACAUCACAGAUCACAUGAGGGUGCACAACCAGUCGCAACACCAUGCCUGCCACCUCUGUAACCGCAGUUUCACCACACUGACGUACCUCCGUGUCCACGCCCAGAAGCACCACGGCCAGGAGUGGAAGGACAGCCCGGGAGGUUUUGGCGGCACAGCCUCCGGUGGCAUACUCGUCUGCCACUUAUGCGGCGUCCACUGCAAGACACCUACCCAGCUCCAGGGGCACAUGGGCACCCACACCAACAGUCAGGGUGCCCCGAACCCCGUCACCUCUAACGUGGGUGCCAGCAGCUCUGUCUCCCUUAGCAACAUGGUGACAGCGCCCACUGUCUACGUCGCCGGUAAUACGGUGGUGGACCUACUUGUCACAGACUGCUCUAGCAUCGCAGCGCCACAGUCCCACAGUUAGCAUAAGAGAGCUCAGCAAUAAUAACCUCAGUCCCUUAACAGAGGGCAAGGUUAGAGAAGGUUGAAGGUACGUGUAGAUGCUGCUCUGGUUUCAGUUUUCAGUUAUGUUAGGAUUGGUGGUGGUGGUGGUUGGGGGGGAGGGGGGGGGGGUUAACACCAGUCAGCACUCAAGGGCAGUUAUCACCUCAGAGCUACAGAGCUGGAGCAUUAGAGAAGAAAAAAAAGGAGAAAAAGGAAGUGCAAUGACUUGAUGCUUGGUGACAUUCAAGUCAUGGAAAGAGGGGCUACUGUGGCUGCAGCAGGUUCAUUUGACGCUAGCGACAAAUGGAUGUGUCGUCUCAAUAUUCCUGAACGCUCUUGCGCAUUUAAGACUCUAAUGAAACUGUGGUAUUGUGAGCAUCUACUGUAUUACUCUCCCCUCUCUGCCCUAUCUCUCUACCCCUCCCCUUUUCCCUGGCAUUGGCUGCUCUCUGCAAGUGCACCAAGUACUGUAUAUCUCACACCAGCUCUGAUCUUACCUCCAUUUUGCAGCUCACUUACUAAGAAUCCUAAUGGCUUGCGUUAAGAAGUAGUAAGGUUGAGAAUAACUCUCUUAGAAAACCUAACAAAGGGGGUAUAAAAACUAAAAUACAUUAGAAGGGACGUUGUGUGUUUGGGUGUGCGCAAGUCAGGGCUUCUUUAGCAUGUUAGCUUGUUUGUUCACAAAGGUAAAAUCAACAUUUGAUUUUGCAAGGCUGUAAUGCUAGAUUAUUACGUUUUUAGAGGGCUGUUUCUAGAUCAGGAUGGACGUAUGGAGUUGUGGGAUGUACUUGUUCAUUUAUUUCCUAAAAGGUACAGAGAUAAGAUAAGGAUAGAGUUGUGUUCAGGAGUGUCAAGCACCUUAAAAAUGUUUGAUUCAGUGAGGAUCAAAAUGGAAAUCAAAAUGGGUUUGAAAUUUCUUGGAUUUUCUUGCUCUGGGUCUGGCCAUUUAAAAAAAAACACACACAAAAAAAACAACAUACAGAUAACAGCUAAUCAACACUUCAGCUUCUGACAUGGCGAUUCUUGCACCUGAAAAACUACCUUUUGCAUGAAAACAAGCUAGCUCAGUCAUGCUUAUUGUUAGGGAGCUGUCACGUCAAAAGAAACUUUAAGCGGUUCCACUUAAGUUAGUUGGCUGUAAACGAUAAUAUUUAUAAAAGUGUUGAUUUUAUUCAAAGAAAAAAAAAGAA